UUUCCGUAUUAAUAAUCCAGAUGAAUAUCCAAAGAUUACUGAACCGCGAAGAUGGUGGUAGAAGAAGUGUUGGAACACGUCAACGUGUUACGUGCGCUGUUCAAACUCGUGUAUGCGAUAUGAUAAUGUAAAAAAAGAUCACUCAGUUUAGUGAGAACAACCUGCAAUUGCAUCAUGCUCAAUUUUCACUCUCUCUUCUCCAAAUCCAAAUCCAAAAUCGCCAGCACCGGUUAUCUUCUUCGUGCAACCACUACUUCCCAAUGCCUUCACACAAACAUUACCACCAUCCAUACUUCCAACGCUAACAAUUCUCAUCAUGUAUUUUCUCCUCGAUAUUCUCACAUCGCUUACGCAUUCUCUAAGUCACCUGCACGCGCCGAUUCUAGGGUUCCGACUUCUCGGACUUUCUGCACCUCCUCGUCGGAGAGGGACUCCAUCGAGUACGACGUCGUUAUCGUCGGCGCUGGUCCCGCCGGCUUGUCGGCGGCGAUUCGCCUCAAGCAAAUGUGCCGCGAAAGAAACGCCGAUUUGUCUGUCUGUGUCCUUGACAAAGGUGCCGAAGUAGGUGCUCACAUUAUAUCUGGAAACGUUUUUGAACCUCGCGCACUGAAUGAGCUUCUUCCGCAGUGGAAAGAGCAAGAGGCUCCGAUCACUACUCCUGUUUCUUCUGACAAGUUUUGGUUUCUGACCAAAGGUCGUGCAAUUUCGCUUCCGUCUCCUUUCAACAACAAAGGCAACUAUGUAAUAAGCCUAAGUCAGUUAGUACGUUGGAUGGGAGCAAAAGCAGAAGAGUUAGGAGUGGAAAUAUAUCCAGGAUUUGCUGCUAGUGAGAUAUUAUAUGAUGCAAACAGCAAAGUUAUUGGUAUUGGAACUAAUGAUAUGGGAAUUGCAAAAGAUGGUUCAAAGAAGGAGAAUUUUCAACGUGGCGUUGAGAUCAAAGGUCGCAUAACACUUUUGGCUGAGGGAUGUCGAGGAUCACUGUCAGAGAAAAUAAUGAAAAAGUACAACCUAAGAGAGAGGGCAGGUGCAGAACACCAGACAUACGCUUUGGGAAUUAAAGAGGUCUGGGAAAUUGAUGAGGAAAAACAUCAACCUGGUGCUGUAAUCCAUACUUUGGGAUGGCCUUUAGAUCAUAAAACGUAUGGAGGAUCUUUUCUGUAUCACAUGAAAGAUAAUCAAAUAUCUAUUGGCCUUGUGGUUGCUUUAAACUAUCAAAACCCGUUUUUGAAUCCAUAUGAGGAAUUUCAGAAACUUAAGCAUCAUCCUGCAAUUAAAUCAUUUCUGGAAGGUGGAACAGUUAUCCAGUAUGGAGCUCGCUCUUUAAAUGAAGGUGGUUUUCAGUCUAUCCCAUAUCCAGUUUUCCCUGGAGGAGCAAUUAUUGGAUGUUCAGCUGGCUUCAUGAAUGUGCCUAAGAUAAAGGGAACUCACACAGCAAUGAAAUCAGGAAUGCUUGCGGCCGAAGCUACAUUUGGUGCACUUAAUGAAGGUCUAGAUAUGGAUACAUAUUGGGAUGCUUUGAGGAAUUCAUGGAUUUGGGAAGAAUUACAUAAAUCUCGGAACUAUCGACCGGCCUUUGAAUACGGGCUUAUUCCAGGACUGGCCUUAAGCGGUCUGGAACACUACAUAUUCAAGGGGAGGCACUCAUUUACUUUGAAGCAUGGUAAACCUGAUCACGAAGCUACCAAUGCUGCACGGUUUCAUUCUCCAAUUCAGUAUCCAAAGGCAGAUGGUAUCUUGUCCUUUGAUGUACCUUCGUCUCUGCACAGGAGCAACACAAAUCAUGAGCAUGAUCAACCUCCUCAUCUUCGUUUGAAAGACCCAAAGAGUCCCGAACUUAUAAAUUUACCGGUGUAUGCAGCACCUGAAUGGAGAUAUUGUCCUGCACGAGUAUAUGAGUAUGUUGCGGAUGAGCAGAAUCAGAUGAAAUUGCAAAUUAAUGCACAAAAUUGCUUACAUUGCAAGGCAUGUGACAUCAAAGAUCCAACUCAAAACAUUGAGUGGACAGUGCCUGAAGGGGGUGGAGGUCCAGGAUACUCAGUCAUGUAGAUCGACUACGUAAUCACCCAACACACCCAACACACCCAACACGUGUGUAUUAUUUUAUUACCAUGUCGUAAAAAAAUUGCCGCUAUAUUUGUGGCCUCCCCAAAAGUUGGAAGCUACAUAUUAAGACAAUAUUUGCUGCAAUAAAAUGAAUUAGAGAUCGCUCGUCAUACAGUUAACAAAUGUUAAAUUAUUCUAUUAAAUUGUUGUGUUGACUA